AUGGAGAUGCCUAACCAGCCUCUGAAAACAAUAUUUCAUAGGCUUAGUAGCGAAAAACCAAGCGGAGAUAAUAGGAGUUUUGGGCACUUGAGACCACUCUCUGUUUAUUCCAGAAUGAUAACUUGUGAAAACUGUAGGGUUUGUCCUAUUAGCACUAACCAGUCAUGGAAUUCGUCCAAUCCGUUAUGGAACUUGAAAAUAGAGAUUGUGAACAACGAUGCCCCUACAAGACACAAGAGGCGCUUGGAUGACUCCUGCCUUGAUGACACGUAUGAGACUCCAUACAAAAAGACCUGUAGUCCUAAGGCCAUCUCCCUAGAUCUGGCUUCUGUUGUAGAUUCAUGUAACCCCCUUCCAGAUGUAGCCACUGUCUCCCCUACUACUGACCCCCCAAAAGUGCCAUCUAGUGUUGAAAAUACAGUCAAAGAUAAAGGUACAUCAGAAGCUGUGAUAUGUGUGCCAAACUCUGAUCAUAUCCAGAGUGUCCAAGCAGGAGAAGCAGGAAGUAGACAGGGUGGUGCUGCGGCUCCAGGCGGCCCAGUAUCAAACGAGUCUGAGGCCUGGUCUGAGACCCUGAGCCAUGAGCCUAAGAGCGUCUCAAUGGACCUUGGUCCUGUUUUUGACUUUGACGUGGAUGACAUCAUGUGCCUGAGCCCCAUUGACAGCGACAGGGGGAGCGAUGAGGGCAUUGAAGCCUUUGUCGAGGACCGCGCCCGGAACCCCAGUGACAGCGACACCCAGCAAACUAAGCCUUUCUUAGCUUACAGUCCAACACAGGAGCAGGUUUCAGGGGAGGGAUAUGAGGUAGGAGAGCGGGAAGAGGGAAAAGGAGAGGAGAUGGUGGUGGAAGGAGAAAGGGAAAAAGAGGGCAAUGAGGAGAUAAACUGUCAGGAGGAAGAGGAUGGUGUGAGCGAUGAGGGUUAUUUCUCCAGGUCCUACCUUGAGGCACUUAGAGCAGGAAAGGACGUGUCUCAGGCUGUGACACCCUUGCAGCCACACAUUUCGUCCACCCCUUUGUUUAGGGGGAGGGAGGUGAUGCAGAGGCUGCAGAUGGCUGUGUCAGAUGAGGGGGAGCCUCCAUGUCCCCCAGGUUUCCCUGAUCCCAAUGGGGGCCAGGCUGUGGUUUGUCAGCCGCACUACUCUUUCACUUCGGAGGAUGUGUCUUAUGGGUUAUAUGGGGCACCUCUGGUCCCAGUGGAGGGUGCAGAUGAGGCCUUGGAGGGCACAGUAGGGGACGAUUGGAGUAUCGGAGCCCCGAUACUGGAGUGCUCAGUGUGUCACAUUGCCCCAGUGGAGUUCAAUGCCGGUUGUGAGGGAAACGUGGUGGAGGGGGGGGAAGGUGGGCUUGUUUCAGUCCAGGAGUGCCAGGUCACACUCGUGGCCGAAGAGGUAACCGUGGAGACCAGCUACAAGAACACCUUGCCUCUCCAAGUCCAGGUAAGCGGACGGAACGCUGACACUUUUUGGUUUUCUUAAUGUAGUUGUGUGAUUUAAAUAAUAAUAUUUCAUCAUUAACAAAUAGUUUUCCUGUAUUUUGUGUCCAUAUAUCCAUAUUUAUAAAUGUAUUUGUUUAGCCUGCAUCAACUGUUAGGAUAGCUUAGAUUUGGUUGUGAUUGUAUAGUGCUUGUGUGGAUUUCUCUGGUCAUAUUGCUGUAAGACCUUUCUGCUGUGUCCAGGUGAGGUCAGUGGUGGUGGUUCCCAGCGUGCAACAGAAUAGCAGCAGCAAACCCUCAACGUGGCCUGAGCAGAAAGGAUCCGAGACCAGGUCUGUGCAGAAACCUUCUCCGGAGAAGAAUGUUGUCAAGACAACAACAAGACCUGUCCAGAAACCUUCACCUGGACAGAACAUUAUCAAGAACACAACUGUCCUGAAACCACCAGAACAGAAUGCCAUCAAGGCCACACCUGUCCAGAAACCUUCACCGCAACAGAAAGUGACGAAGAUAAAACCUGUCCAUGCAGCUUCAACUUCGUCUGACCAGAAAGUAGUCAAGACAAGACCUGUCCAGAAAACUGCACCAAGGUACAUUUCAGAGUCCUUGAAGUUUUCUAAAUUUCCUCUAGAGGGAGCAAUUUGCUGAUUUUCCUCCCUGACUGGCCUAAAAUUAAGACCCGCCAAAUGCGGGCAGAUUUUGGCAUUGGCGGGUAAGACAUCUAUUUCACCAGCCACGUUGGCAGGUGGUCAGGGCUCCUCAGUGCUAGCAUUUCACUUGCAUUUAUGAAUAAAAAUAGGGAAGUAUGAUCACAUUUAUAGCAAAAAUAAAUGUGUCAGUAGCUGUUUUCAAAGUAUUUCUGCUGUUUUUGUUUCAUAGUUCGUAAAUUAAUAGCACAAAGUCAAAUAACUAUUAAUCCUAUAGCCUAUCCCACCUCGCGCAGCAACACUGCCUAGCUGGGGGCUGUGCGCACGUGAAGUGCUGAGUGAAAGAUUCAUUUUUAGAAGCGCUACGCACAAUGAAAGUCGACUCGCGUCACCACGGUAACCUCCCGCCUGAAAGGGGCAGGUGAACAUUUUUGUCUCAUCUGUGAUAUUUUGGUAAAAAGAUCUGUCACAAAAUACUAAAUUAAACAAUAUACCUCAUUACUUUUUACCAGUAAUACAAUUAUUGGUAUAGAAACAUUACAAAGCAUGCUCAUCUGUUUUUUUGUGUGUUUUGUAAUUUUAGCAGCAACAAAUAUUUUGGCUGGUAGAUUUUAUAAUCUACCUGCCACAGUGGCUGGUGUACCAAAAAGUUGGCUUCAGGCCCUGCUGACUGGUAUUAUUUCCAGAGAGACUGGUUUAUUUUUGUUCUCUGAAUGUAGACAGCCAGUCUGGUUAUUCUCCCGCUCAACCACUUCACAAAUGCAUCUUUAUUUAAUCAAUGAAUUUGCAUGACUUGAAGGGUCAAAGCAUCAAUAAAGCAUUACUUAUUCAAUUUAGUCAGAUCUGAGGUCUUGUGAGAAUGGAAGGAAGCAGAAUAGAUUUCUUGAGCGUUUGAAUAGGGUGGAUGUCUUUUCCAGGCCAGUGGUCUAUGACCGGGAGGAGGACUGGCAGCGUGAGAAGUGGCUCUAUGUGGAGUCAGUCACCAGACACAUAAGGGAGAACAUUGGUGCAGAAGAAGGUAAGAGGUGCGUCUCAUUAUUUGGGAAGCUUGGGGCCUGGUGCUAACCUGGUGCUUCAAUUGCUGAAUUUAGUGAAAUGUUCUUGUUUUCCUAACAAAUAAGUUAUUUAGCCUAAUUUCUCAUUCUCUUGAAGUCUAUUUAUCGCCCCAAAACCCUACCCCAUUUCCACACCAAGUCCUUAUCUUAUGUUGUUGUGUAUCUUCUGUGGUUGGCUGUAAUGAUGUGCAAGGCUGUGUGUGAAAUCCCAGUCCGAGUCAGACUUAAUUCAUGCCAGUCCUAAUAACCUUGAAUCCUAACCUACCUAUGAAUCUUGAAGCUGCAUUCAAACCUGUGCAGUGCAAAAAUGACGUUUUUUUUUCUUCUCCAUUAGUCCACUGUUAAUACAGUCCCGAAAUGUUUUACAUGUCAGCAGUACAUUUUUCAAGAUAUAGGACUUUCAAGAAGCAAAGUGACACUUAUUUUUAUAUAUAUAGUACCAGUCAAAAGUUUGGACACACCUACUCAUUCAAGGGUUUUUCUUUAUUUUUAGUAUUUUCUACAUUGUAGAAUAAUAGUGAAGACAUUAAAACUAUGAAAUAAGUCAUAUGGAAUCAUGUAGUAACCAAAAGUGUUAAACAAAUCAAAAUAUGUUUUAGAUUCUUCAAAGUAGCCACCCUUUGCCUUGAUGACAACUUUGCACACUCUUGGCAUUCUCUCAACCAGCUUCACCUGGAAUGCUUUUCCAACAGUCUUGAAGGAGUUCCCACAUGCUGAGCACUUGUUGGCUGCUUUUCCUUCACACUGCGGUCCAACUCAUCCCAAACCAUCUCAGUUGGGUUGAGGUCGGGUGAUUGUGGAGGCCAGGUCAUCUGAUGCAGCACUCAUCACUCUCCUUAUUGGUCAAAUAGCCCUUACACAGCCUGUAGGUGUGUUGGGUCAUUGUCCUGUUGAAAACAAAUGAUAGUCCCGCUAAGCGCAAACCAGAUGGGAUGGAAUAUCGCUGCAGAAUGCUGUGGUAGCCAUGAUGGGUAAGUGUGCCUUGAAUUCUAAAUAAAUCACACAGUGUCACCAGCAAUGCACCCCCACACCAUCACACCUCCUCCUCCAUGCUUCACGGUGGGAACCACACAUGCAGAGAUCAUCCGUUCACCUACUCUGCGUCUCACAAAGACACGGCGGUUGGAACCAAAAAUCUAAAAUUUGGACUCGUCAGACCAAAGGACAGAUUUCCACCAGUCUAAUGUCCAUUGCUUGUGUUUCUUGGCCAAAGCAAGUAUCUUCUUAUUGGUGUCCUUUUAGUAGUGGUUUCUUUGCAGCAAUUCGACCAUUAAGGCCUGAUUCACACAGUCUCAACCAGAAUGGUAGACCCUGAGUUACCUCUGCAGCAGAGGAUAUGUUCAUUAGAGUUACCAGCCUCAAGUAACAGACACAUCUCAACAUCAGCUGUUCAGAGGAGACUGCGUGAAUCAGGCCUUCAUGGUCGAAUUGCUGCAAAGAAACCACAACUAAAGGACACCAAUAAGAUGAAGAGACUGGCUUGGGCCAAGAAACACGAGCAAUGGACAUUAGACCAGUGGAAAUUUGGCCUUUGGUCUUGAGUCCAAAGUUGAGAAUUUUGGUUCCAACUGCUGUGUCUUUGUGAGAAGCGGUGUGGGUGAACGGAUGAUCUCUGCAUGUGUAUUUCCCACCGUAAAGCACGGUAGAGGAGGUGUGAUGGUGUGUGGUGCUUUGCUGGUGACACUGUCUGUGAUUUAUUUAGAAUUCAAGGCACACUUAACCAGCAUGGCUACCACAGCAUUCUGCAGCGAUACGCCAUCCCAUCUGGUUUGGGCUUAGUGGGACUAUCAUUUGUUUUCAACAGGACAAUGACCCAACACACCUCCAGGCUGUGUAAGGGCUAUUUUUCAAAGAAGGAGACUGAUGGAGUGCUGCAUCAGAUGACAAGACCUGGCCUCCACAAUCCCCCGACCUCAACCCAAUUUAGAUGGUUUGGGAUGAGUCGGACCACAGAGUGAAGGAAAAGCAGCCACCAAGUGCUCAGCAUAUGUGGGAACUCCUUCAAGACUGUUGGAAAAGCAUACCAGGUGAAGUUGGUUGAGAGAAUGCCAAUAGUGUGCAAAGCUGUCAUCAAGGCAAAGGGUGGCUAUUUGAAGAAUCUCAAAUAUAAAAUAUAUUUUGAUUUGUUUUUAACAAUUUUUUGAUUGCUACAUGAUUCCAUAUGACAUUUCAUAGUUUUGAUGUCUUCACUAUUAUUCUACAAUGUAGAAAAUAGUAAAAAAAUAAAGAAAAAACCCUUGAAUGAGUAGGUGUGUCCAAACUUUUGACUGGUACUGUACAUUCCUUAUACAUGUAAAGUAAUCAAUGAGUUCCAGUAUGGUAACAUGAAUAAGUAUAUUACAAGCUAGAAUCCAAUACCUGAUGUGCAUUUUUUGGAAGAGAGAAUCCUCUUUCUCAGCUUUCUGGGCGUGUGAGUUAGGAUGUUAUUUAGAGUGACCUAUCCUACCUUCACAAUAAGCUACUCAAAUUAAUGUGUACACUGCAUUUUUCUAGAUAAACUUCAGUGAGGCUGAAUUGUUGUUGUCUGACUCCUGAAACACAGACACAAAGGUGGAGUUAAUUAAUACACAUUUUCUGUCUGUCAUGGAUCAAUGUAUAGCCUAAAUUCUAUGAACUUGACAAUGACAUACAAUGACACUAAAACAUUCUGCGUGGCGAGGAAGGUGUCUGUCUGGCCAUGAUUUCACUUCUGUGGCCAUGCAGAGCAGGGGGGGGGCUGGGAUGGGUAGCCUAAGAGAAAAUGGUAUGUAGGCAACUACAAUAUUCGUUCUCACAUUUGGUGCCUGUUUAAUAGGACAUAUUGUUACUCUGCUAAACAUAGAAGUGCAAAAUUGGUGGAUUAAUUAAUUUCACUAGCUACAUACACCCAAUCUCUCAACUUGAAGGCAAGCUAGCUAGCUAAUUAAAACAUAAUUAUGAUUUGUCCUUACAACUUGAACUGUAUUACUUUGCAUCAUUAUGUAUCACAUUGGCCCGCAAGCACAUUCCAUUUGACAGCUAGGUUUAUUACUGUAGAGACAUCUUGCAGUUUUGGUGACAGCUUCGCGGUUUGUAACAAAAUUAAAGCAAUACGGUAGUGUUAGUACUGGUAGAGCAGUGAUUUACUCACGGAGCUAUAUAUGAACUUCAUGUGGAUUUACUUUUACCACACAGUUAGCUAUGCUAGCUAUAGCUAGCUAGCUAGCCAGCCAAACGUGUAUAGUUAGCAAGCAACUGCUACUUGCUAGCUAGCUACACUCUUGCUCUAGCGCCAGAAACAAUGAAGUGUUCCAGAUGUGUUAACAUUUCACCUAUCCACUUCAUCUACUGAUCAGAAUAAUAUAGCAAUUUUUUUACUCACCUUUUCACCGGCAUUAGCCGAUGCAACAGUCAAAGUGCAUUGCAGACCGCAGUAAGCCACAGUAGCAACAGGUUGUAAACAGGAAGUAAGGAGGCCACACAUGUUGGCUCUAACAGGUUUUGUAGGUAGGUGGUUCCAAACUAACUAAAGCCAGCCCUAUAACUGACACGCAAGUUAGAAAGAACUUGCACGUCAUUGACAUGGAUUUCCACAAAGUUCCCACUUCGGAUUUUCCACUUCAAGCCCAAAUACAGUGCCUUCGGAAAGUAUUCAGACAGCUUGACUUUUUCCAUAUUUUGUUACGUUAGUCUUAUUCUAAAAUUGAUUAAAUUAUUUUUUUUUUUUCCUCAUCAAUCUACACACAAUACCCCAUAAUGACAAAGAAAAAACAGGUUUUUAGAAAUUUAUGUUUAAAAAAACAAACAUAUCACAUUUACGUAAGUAUUCAGACCCUUUACUCAGUACUUUGAAGCACCUUUCGCAGCGACAGCUGCCUCAAGUCUUCUUGGGUAUGACACUACAAGCUUGGCACAUCUGUAUUUGGGGAGUUUCUUCCAUUCUUCUCUGCAGAUCCUCUCAAACUCUGUCAGGUUGGAUGGGGAGCGUCACUGCAGAGCCAUUUUUAGGUCUCUCCAGAGAUGCUCGAUCGGGUUCAAGUCCGUGCUCUGGCUGGGCCACUCAAGGACAUGCAGAGACUUGUCCCGAAGCCACUCCUGCAUUGUCUUGGCUGUGUGCUUAGGGUCGUUGUCCUGUUGGAAGGUGAAACGUUGGCCCCAGUCUAAGGUCCUCAGCGCUCUGGAGCAGGUUUUCAUCAAGGAUCUCUCUGUACUUUGCUCCAUUCAUCUUUCCCUCGAUCCUGACUAGUCUCCCAGUCCCUGCCUCAGCAUGAUGCUGCCACCACCAUGCUUCACCUGUAGGGAUGGUGCCAGGUUUCCUCCAGAUGUGACGCUUGGCAUUCAGGCCAAAGAGUUCAAUCUUGGUUUCAUCAGACCAGAGAAUCUUGUUUCUCAUGGUCUGCAAGUCAUUAGGUGCCUUUUGGCAAACCAAGCGGGCUGUCAUGUGCGUUUUACUGAGGAGUGGCUUCCGUCUGGCCACUCUACCAUAAAGGCCUGAUUGGUGGAGUGCUGCAGAGAUGUUUGUCCUUCUGGAAGGUUCUCCUAUCUCUACAGAGGAACUAUAGAGCUCUGUCAGUGUCCAUCAGGUUCUUGGUCACCUCCCUGACCAAGGCCUUUCUCCCCCGAUUGCUCAGUUUUGCCGGGCGGCCAGCUCUCGGAAGAGUCUUGCUGGUUCCAAACUUCUUCCAUUUAAGAAUGAUGGAGGCCACUGUGUUCUUGGGGACCUUCAAUGCUGCAGACAUUUUUUGGUACUCUUCCCCAGAUCUGUGCCUCGACACAAUCCUGUCUUGGAGCUCUACAGACAAUUCCUUUCGACCUCAUGUCUUGGUUUUUGCUUUGACUGGCACUGUCAACUGUGGGACCUUUUUAUAGACAGUUGUGUGCCUUUCCAAAUCAUGUCCAAUCAAUUGAAUUUACCACAGGUGGACUCCAAUCAAGUUGUAGAAACCUCUCAAGGAUGAUCAAUGGAAACAGGAUGCACCUGAGCUCAAUUUCGAGUCUCAUAGCAAAGUGUCUGAAUACUUAUGUAAAUAAGGUAUUUCUGUUUUUUAGCUUUUAUAAAUUUGCUAACAUUUCUAAAAUCCUGAUUUCACGUUGUCAUGGGGUGUUAUGGGGUAUUGUGUGUAGAUUGCUGAGCAAAAUGUUUUAUUUAAUACAUUUUAGAAUAAGGCUGUAACGUAACAAAAUGUGGAAAAAGUCAAGGGUUCUGAAUACUUUCCGAAGGCACUGUAUAUCAUAUUAUAACCUAUUGACUUAAAUUGUUGUGCAACAUCAUGGGUAAGCUCUGGGCAUUAUCUUCCAGCUGAAAAAAAUCUAUUUUCGCUGGUGUAGGUGUUUUAGCCAUCGCCAUACAGUGAGGGGAAAAAAGUAUUUGAUCCCCUGCUGAUUUUGUACGUUUGCCCACUGACAAAGAAAUGAUCAGUCUAUAAUUUUAAUGGUAGGUUUAUUUGAACAGUGAGAGACAGAAUAACAACAAAAAAAUCCAGAAAAACGCAUGUCGAAAAUGUUAUAAAUUGAUUUGCAUUUUAAUGAGGGAAAUAAGUAUUUGACCCCCUCUCAAUCAGAAAGAUUUCUGGCUCCCAGGUGUCUUUUUAUACAGGUAACGAGCUGAGAUUAGGAGCACACUCUUAAAGGGAGUGCUCCUAAUCUCAGUUUGUUACCUGUAUAAAAGACACCUGUCCACAGAAGCAAUCAAUCAAUCAGAUUCCAAAUUCUCCACCAUGGCCAAGACCAAAGAGCUCUCCAAGGAUGUCAGGGACAAGAUUGUAGACCUACACAAGGCUAGAAUGGGCUACAAGACCAUCGCCAAGCAGCUUGGUGAGAAGGUGACAACAGUUGGUGCGAUUAUUCACAAAUAGAAGAAACACAAAAGAACUGUCAAUCUCCCUCGGCCUGGGGCUCCAUGCAAGAUCUCACCUCGUGGAGUUGCGAUGAUCAUGAGAACGGUGAGGAAUCAGCCCAGAACUACACGGGAGGAUCUUGUCAAUGAUCUCAAGGCAGCUGGGACCAUAGUCACCAAGAAAACAAUUGGUAACACACUACUCCGUGAAGGACUGAAAUCCUGCAGCGCCCACAAGGUCCCCCUGCUCAAGAAAGCACAUAUACAUGCCCGUCUGAAGUUUGCCAAUGAACAUCUGAAUGAUUCAGAGGAGAACUGGGUGAAAGUGUUGUGGUCAGAUGAGACCAAAAUUGAGCUCUUUGGCAUCAACUCAACUCGCCAUGUUUGGAGGAGGAGGAAUGCUACCUAUGGCCCUAAGAACACCAUCCCCACCGUCAAACAUGGAGGUGGAAACAUUAUGCUUUGGGGGUGUUUUUCUGCUAAGGGGACAGGACAACUUCACCGCAUCAAAGGGACAAUGUGCGGGGCCAUGUACCUUCAAAUCUUGGGUGAGAACCUCCUUCCCUCAGCCAGGGCAUUGAAAAUGGGUCGUGGAUGGGUAUUCCAGCAUGACAAUGACCCAAAACACACGGCCAAGGCAACAAAGGAGUGGCUCAAGAAGAAGCACAUUAAGGUCCUGGAGUGGCCUAGCCAGUCUCCAGACCUUAAUCCCAUAGAAAAUCUGUGGAGGGAGCUGAUGGUUCGAGUUGCCAAACGUCAGCCUCGAAACCAUAAUGACUUGGAGAAUAUCUGCAAAGAGGAGUGGGACAAAAUCCCUCCUGAGAUGUGUGCAAACCUGGUGGCCAACUACAAGAAACGUCUGACCUCUGUGAUUGCCAACAAGGGUUUUGCCACCAAGUACUAAGUCAUGUUUUGCAGAGGGGUCAAAUACUUAUUUCCCUCAUUAAAAUGCAAAUCAAUUUAUAAAUUUUUUGACAUGGGUUUUUCUGGAUUUUUUUGUUGUUAUUCUGUCUCUCACUGUUGAAGUAAACCUACCAUUAAAAUUAUAGACUGAUCAUUUCUUUGUCAGUGGGCAAAUGUACAAGAUCAGCAGGGGAUCAAAUACUUUUUUCCCUCACUGUAUACCACACGUAACACAACGUAAGAGCUGUCGGGGCUAGGAGAAUCACCUUCAAUAGGAAGUUGUCUUGGAUUUCCGUUUUUCAGCAAGCUAUGACAUUACAUUGUUCUAUAUAAGUGAGUUUCACGUGUUACAGCAGACUUGUAGUUUCAGAUGUAUGAUUUUUUCUAAAUUGAUAGUUUUACUUUUUUACUGCAGAAAUACAAUUAUUAGGAGUUGCUCACUGACUGGUUAGGUUUUUUCUUAAUUGUCUAUUUUGUGGUAAUAAUGGUAAUUUAGUAGACACUUUUAUCUGAAGCCACUUGUUCUAGAUAUCUGAAUGACGCUCGUAAUGACCCUCAAAUGGCAUGAUAGUUCCCUGAUUUUUUGUGCCAUUGAUGUAUAUUCUUGCUGUCCUGUAUCCUCUUCUUCUUCAUAGUACUUGUUCAGCUUGGGGGGUGUGUGUGUGUGUGUGUUACCUGUAUGGGUUUGUCUCCAGGGGUGAUGACUGAGCUGCUGAAACUGAUGAACCAUGUUGCCGACCAGGUACCAGGCACCAACGGAAGGCAGUGGCAGCACCCCUCGGAUCUCACCCGCAGGUACAGGCAUCUCCAUGUGUGUUUAUCUACUGCUGCCCUCUGUAGUGGACAUUUCAGUCUUAAUUGGAGAAUUCAGUUAGUUUUUUUUUCUCUCCAAUUUUUGUUUAUCAGAAAUUACCAAAGACGGUUUGGAAAUGACUCAGUGAAAUACACUCUGGACCAAUGGCAGAACCAGAACUACAGGAACCACCGCCGCUUUGCCAAGGUCCCACAGAUCUUUGAGAGAAGUCAAGUUCUUUAA